GUCAGUGGAGUGCAGCAGCCACUUCUCUCCAGAACGGGAAGUGGCUCACAUCAGCAUCCUCACUGCAGGUUCAGUUCCGCCGCCCGGAGACGCGCCAGGAUGUUCUACUUCCACUGUCCGCCUCAGCUGGACGGAGAGUGCUGCCGCUCCAACACUUUGAAUUCAAGUAACUUUGGCAACCACGCCCCGGCCGAUUUUGAUGAUGGAUUUCUACGGAGAAAACAGCGCAGAAACAGAACAACAUUUACUUUGCAACAGCUGGAGGCGUUGGAGGCCGUGUUCGCCCAGACGCACUACCCGGACGUGUUUACCCGGGAGGAGCUGGCCAUGAAGAUCAACCUGACAGAGGCCAGGGUGCAGGUUUGGUUUCAGAAUCGCAGAGCAAAGUGGAGGAAGACGGAGCGAGGGAGCGCAGACUCUGAAGGAGGGAAAGAGCAAAUGAAUGAAGGCACUCCUCAAUCUCACAGCAUCAACUCUCAGUCCCCAGUGGACCACAACAGAAAGCAGAAAGAACCACUGGAGAUGCAGCAGAGUAUCAAUAGGACGGUGGGUCCAAGUGGUCCGUUCUUCCCAUCUUGUAUACCGGGCACUCUCCUCAACUCUGCCACCUAUGCCCAGGCUCUGUCACAGGUCGCCACACUGAAAGGUAAUGGCUUAUGCUCCUGCUGUGUUUCUGACCCCAUGGGAUUGUCCUUCCUGCCGCCGUACGGUUGUCAGGGCAACCGCACGGCCAGCGUAGCCGCCCUGCGCAUGAAGGCCCGUGAGCACUCGGAGGCUGUGCUGCAGUCUGCCAACCUGCUCAGUGCGGCGACCGGGCCCGGUGCCGGCGUGGGACUCCUGUCCGGAGUCGGCAUGGGCGCAGCUGGGAUGGGGAGGCCCCCGGCGGGUCCUGCCAUCGAGGUGGCUGUCGCCGUGGGAAGAGGGGGAGAAAGCGCCAGUCCCAGCCCGGCCACCAAGAUCCCAGUCCUGGGCAGCAGUCCUGACAAACACCCUCACUGCUCCAAGGAACCAAUGGAGAAAAAGUGAAGCGCUGGACAUAAACAUGGAUGUACUGAUACUCUAAAUCUGUGUGAUCGUGCCUGUUAUUACUCCUCUACUCUACUCUGGUCCUAUGAGCAACGAAGCACAACUACUGACUGACUCCACAAACCUGCCUGGGAAAUACUUUAUUGACAUCACAAUGUAUGGAUGCAAACAUUUAAAUAUUUAUUUGUCAGUAAAUUAUUAUUGUUUGUGAGAAAUGAAUAUGUGGGGCCUUGUUAUCCCCAUAAAAGCACAAGUGUGGUUUUGGAUUUCUGUCUUGGUGAACUCUUGGACUCUACGCGAUGGACUAAGAUAGAUACGUGUGUGCAACUAAAUCCUAUUUGAUAAUGUGAAUUCAAGGAAUCCUGAUAGAGUUCCUCUCGCUUUCAUAAAGAGGACAAAUGCUUACAUUGUUAAUGUUAAUGCAUGUAAACUGUAAGUGUCGAUCUGAUGGCAGGACAGUGGGGACUUUGAAGGAUUUUGGCAAUACAAUGUUUAUGCCAUCAGGUCAUUUAUGGGCUCAAACAAUCUCUUAUUCUUUUGAUUUUUAAAGUGAAAGUGCACUUUAAUAUUUAUCAGCCAUUUUUAGUGUAAAUGUGUACAUACAGACAGACAGAGCGGUGGUUGUCCCUUCCACUCUGUUAGCACAUCUGCAGUGCCAGCAGACAGGAACCACACCAGUCCUGUUGUGACAUGUUCUUUAAAACAAUUAAAGAUGUAGUCGCUCAUGUUCCUCUCCUGUUGCCUCGCGCUCCAGCCAUCUGUUCUGAUACAUUAUUUAUCAGUUUUCCCUUGAAGCCGUGAGAGGAGAGCGAUCGUGACUUUUAUUAUUUAUUUACUUUUAGGAACGAUCACCCUCUUCCUCUUUCUCCUCCUCUCUCUCUGAGCAUUUUUUUAAUAAACCCCAUUAAACAUGA